CACGAACCAACUCAGAGAACCAGAAGAAGAAAGAAAAAAUAAUGUCGAACGGACUUCUUCUUCUCCACUGAAAGCUGUGCUGCUGCAUCUGCUCCAUUCCACCAGUGCAAUUUUGUGCCGAACAAUGCUAGUUCGGUUUAUUCUAUCUCGGAAAUACUGCACUAGUAUUGCAAUUUCCUCCAAUUCUCAAAUUGCUCGGUAUGCUCGGCUUGGCCAAAUUGAGAAAGCCCGAAGGGUGUUUGAUCAAAUGCCUGACAAAACUAUUGUGUCUUGGAACUCAAUAGUUGCAGGUUACUUCCAAAGUAAUCAGCCAGGAGAAGCCCGAAAACUGUUUGAUAGAAUGCUGGAGAAGAAUACGGUUUCUUGGAACGGUUUGAUAUCCGGUUAUGUCAAGAAUGGCAUGAUUAUUGAGGCUAGGAAAGUGUUUGAUUCGAUGCCCGAAAGGAAUAUUGUAUCGUGGACUUCGAUGGUUAGAGGGUACGUUCAAGAGGGUAGGAUUUCAGAGGCUGAAUCACUCUUUUGGCAGAUGCCUGAAAGGAAUGUUGUUUCAUGGACAGUGAUGUUAGGUGGCCUGAUUCAAGAGGGUCGGAUUGAUGAGGCUCGUAGGCUUUAUGAUAAGAUGCCCGAGAAGGAUGUGGUGACAAGGACUAAUAUGAUUGGUGGGUAUUUUCAAGUUGGCCGUUUGGCAGAAGCACGUGAGAUUUUUGAUGAGAUGCCGCGAAGGAAUGUUGUUUCCUGGACUACUAUGGUAUCUGGGUAUGUGCAUAACAACCAGGUGGAUAUUGCUAGAAAGCUUUUUGAAGUGAUGCCGGAGAAAAAUGAGGUUUCAUGGACGGCAAUGCUAAUAGGUUACACUCAGUGUGGACGGAUUGAAGAGGCUUCAGAGCUUUUUCAUGCCAUGCCAGAUAAGUCAGUUGUUGCUUGUAAUGCAAUAAUACUUGGGUAUGGCCAAAAUGGAGAGGUAGCUAAAGCAAGGGAAGUUUUUGAUAAUAUGAGAGAGAGGGAUGAUCGGACAUGGAGUGCGAUGAUUAAAGUUUAUGAACGGAAAGGUUUUGAAUUGGAAGCACUUGACUUGUUUACUUUGAUGCAAAGAGAAAGUGUUAGGCCGAAUUUCCCUUCUUUGAUAAGCGUUCUAUCUGUUUGUGGCAGCUUGGCCAGCCUUGAUUAUGGUAGACAAAUUCAUGCCCAGUUGGUGAGAAACCAAUUUGAUCAUGAUGUAUAUGUUGCCUCAGUUUUGAUGACAAUGUAUGUUAAAUGUGGUAACCUUGUGAAGGCAAACCAGGUGUUUAACAGGUUUGCUGCGAAGGAUAUAGUUAUGUGGAAUUCAAUGAUCACCGGUUAUGCCCAACAUGGUUUUGGAGAGAAAGCUUUACAAGUUUUCCAAGAGAUGUGCUCCUUGGGUAUAUCACCAGAUGAGAUCACCUUUAUUGGAGUUCUUUCAGCAUGUAGCUAUAGUGGGAAGGUAGAAAAAGGUCUUGAAAUUUUUGAGACAAUGAAAUCAAAGUACCAGGUGGAGCCAAGAACUGAACAUUAUGCUUGUAUGGUUGAUCUGCUUGGUCGAGCAGGAAAGGUAAAGGAUGCAAUGGAUUUAAUUAAGAAAAUGCCAGUUGAAGCAGAUGCCGUUGUUUGGGGUGCCUUAUUAGGUGCAUGCAGACAACACAUGAAAUUGGAUUUGGCAGAAGUUGCAGCAAAGAAACUUACAGAACUUGAGCCCCACAAAGCAGGGCCUUACGUCUUGCUAUCAAAUAUUUAUGCAUCACAGGGUAGAUGGCAUGAUGUUGCAGAGCUGAGGAAAAACAUGAGAACAAGAAGCGUUAGCAAGUCACCUGGCUGUAGCUGGAUUGAGGUGGAGAAAAAUGUUCAUAUGUUUACUGGGGGAGAGAGCACGGGACACCCGGACCAUGCGAUGAUCAUGAGAAUGUUAGAGAAACUAGGUGUAUUGUUAAGAGAAGCUGGUUACUGCCCUGAUGCCAGCUUUGUAUUGCAUGAUGUGGAGGAAGAAGAAAAGGCACACAGCUUGGGUUAUCACAGUGAGAAACUGGCCAUAGCAUAUGGACUCUUGAAGGUACCCCAAGGGAUGCCCAUUCGGGUGAUGAAGAAUCUUCGCGUUUGUGGUGAUUGCCAUUCUGCAAUUAAAUUAAUAUCCAAAGUUAUGGGAAGAGAGGUCAUAUUGAGGGAUGCUAACAGAUUUCAUCAUUUUAAGGAUGGCUUGUGUUCUUGCGGAGACUAUUGGUGAUAGCAAUGGGGAUAGAUCCUAGGACAGACUUGUUUUGAGACAGGAAUCAUGCCUAGCAGAGUUAAUUGGUUAAAUUUGUUUUUAGACUGAAAAACUUGACCAUGGCAGGCAGACAAUUAUACUUCAAAAUUGAUGAUACUAUAUUAUGCCAUGAGGAGAACUUGCUAAAAAUUGUGUUGGUAUAUGGUUUUCAAAUCAAUCGAGGAAUUUGAGGUUCAAAUAUGGUCUAUCCUCAAGGAAACACUAUUUAGAUGCUCCUUAUGGCCCAAUUUUAUUGCAUGGUCCUCCAAAUUAUACAAUUGAUAACGUAGUUUGAGGCCUACCAUGAGGGGUCUGGAUUUGAAACAGUUAUGAAGUACUUUUCAGUGUAUGGUCAUGUGAGAAAGGCAUGGGAUGAUUGCUUAUAUAGGUGAGACUCGUAUUCAUCUGCUGCAUUACUAGCAAAUUAUCUUAUGGUUAGUUGACUGUAUAAUUCAUGGCUGGAACAUGACAUGAUACACAAGAAGUUGAGCUGAGGAGGGUGGAAUAUAAAGCUUUUGUUGCAAUGAAGUUCAUUCAAGAAGAGGAAUUGCCUCACAAAGACGGACCUUCAGAAAGGAUACCGAAAUGACUUCUCAUGACUAUCCCCGAACAGGUGCAUAAAUUGUUGUAGAUCAUGUUUAGUUCUUGCUGUUUGUCUUCUACCUAAUCUUUACAAUACAAUUGGGAUGUAGGAACUUGCAGAAGUAGUGUAAAUUUAAUUUUCUACAUUUGAGACAUAGAAUGAUGUAAGAACUUACCUCCUCCAUUUAUCAUACUACAACUGUUUAGAUUCA